GUGCUGAAGGAAGCCACCGGGUGGAGGAGGUCACGGUGUUACUCUUAAGCGGUCGAGACACCGGAGGCACCUCGUUGCGCGACCCAAAACCCGCACACCUGACAUUGUCAGUCGCAACGCUGUGCUCUUCUCUGUGUUUCGGGGCUCGAGCUCCUUACGGUCCACACCAGUAAUCGUCGGAGUUCUCGAGGACCUCCUCGGCCGCCGUGACACUUGGCUCCAUCGACCUCCCGGAUUACCGUUGCUGGCUGCGACAAGGGCUGUGAUCGCGUCGUCGCACGAAGUUGGGAGUGUCUCGCGGGAGCGACCAACGGUGUUUUUCUGACCAGGUGCGAAGCGCAUUCCUCGCCGGGGUGUUUCGGUGCUGCCGGAGGUUCGGCCGUUUCGUUGUUGCCGUCCGAGCGUGGUUCCUCCUCGCCCAUUGCGGCGAGGGCAGGUCUGCCGCCUCGCUCGCCGACCCCGCAGAAACCAGCUCGCCCGGCGAACACUGACCUUGCCGCUUCGUGGUCCCCUCCUGCUCGCUUCGACUCCACUGGCCGUCCGUGGAGUGGCGAUCAGACCGUCCCUUCUCCCAGUUGAAAGAUUUCGGUGUGUCGUACACUUGUUCGUCGGCCUCCGUUCUCGUUGGAUUACGUGCUGCGACAAUCGGUGUGUGUGUGUGCUUGCGUGUUGAGGAUUAACGCGGCAACGGUCGACAGUGCCGCGUCGCUUCGCUGCCGUUUCGGGCCCUUCUUCGACAAACGCCGCCAUUCCGGACCUCCAAACGAGCUGAUUGGACUGAUGACGCUACUUCUAUUACCGAGGAUUAAUUACGGAGGCUGAGGGCCCCCGGUCUCGGGCGGCCAUGAGGAAGCGGGACCGGCGGUGGAGCGCCGGCUCGCUGCUGCCCCAGCUGCUGCCCUUGCUGCUGCUGCUGGCGGGCUCGCCCCGGGGCGCGGGCGCCCUGCGCCAGGGGCCCCCCGGGCCAGCCAACGCCAGCGGCAACGCCACUCAGCUGCCGGACAAGCCCGCCGUGUUCACGGACCCGUCCACCGACAAGUUCCUGCACAUGGCCAUCAACAGCUACACGGGACAGGUGUACGUGGGCGGCGUGAACUACAUCUACCAGCUGUCGAGCAAACUGGAGCUGCAGGCCCGCGCCGUGAUGGGGCCCCACCUGGACGACCCUGGCUGCCCCGUGACGCGCUUUUGCCCGGCCAUCCAGAAGAAGAACCUGGACUACUACACCAAGGCGCUGGUCAUCGACUACCCGCAGAGCAAGCUCAUCGCGUGCGGCUCGCUCUUCCAGGGCGUCUGCACGGUGCACAACAUCGACAACAUCACAAACUUCCGGACGCCCGCCAACGAGUCCGUGGUGGCCAACAACGCGACCGCCUCGACGGUCGCCUUCAUCGCCAACGGGCCCGAGAAGCUGUCCCGCAUGCACGUGCUGUACGUGGGCGUCAGCUUCACGGGCAACGGGCCGUACCGGUCCGAGGUGCCGACGGUGUCGUCGCGCAGCCUGGACCUGAUCAACGAGACGUUCUCGAUCGCCGUGACCGGCGUCUCGACGGGCACCAAGAUGUUCGUGAACAGCCUGGCGCGAGAGGUGUUCCCCAUCACGUACGUGUUCGGCUUCAGCUCGCGCGGCUUCUCCUACUUCCUCACGGUGCAGAAGCAGUUCACCGAGCAGCCCAAGCCGUACAUCUCCAAACUGGUGCGCAUCUGCCAGAACGACGUGCACUACUACUCGUACACGGAGGUGGCGCUCGUCUGCCACACGCCCGAGGGCGUGCACUACAACCUGGCGCAGGCGGCCUUCGUGGGCAAGCCGGGCUCCGAGCUGGCCGUCUCGCUCGGCAUCAGUGCCCAGGACGAGGUGCUCUUCGUCGUCUUCUCCAAGAGCCGCGACGAGACGGACGUCUACAACCGGCCGGGACUCAAGUCGGCGCUGUGCGUUUACGCGCUCACCGCCGUGCACCGCAAGUUCACCCAGAACAUCAACGACUGCUUCAACGGGGAAGGGGUCCGCGGGCUGGACUUCAUCAACCCGAGCACGUCGUGCCAGCUCACGCAAGUGCAGAUCAACGAUGACUUCUGCGGCAUGGACGUGAACACGCCGCUGGACGGCGGCAAGGCGGUGAACGCGACGCCCGUGCUGACCUACUCCAACGUGCUGCUCACCUCGGUGGCGGCCGUCUCCACGCACGACUACACGGUCGCCUUCAUGGGCACCGCCACGGGGCACCUCAAAAAGGCCGUGGUGGAGUCCGUGACGAGCGCCUUCGAGUACAAUGACGCAGCCAUCGAGGAAGGCAAGCCGGUCAACCCGGACAUGCUGUUGGACAAGAACGGCGAGCACCUCUACGUCAUGACCGAACGCAAGGUCACCCGAGUCAAGGUUCAAGAAUGCCAUCAAUACAAGACCUGCAUAGACUGCCUCGGCGCUCAGGAUCCCUACUGCGGAUGGUGUUCACUGGAAAACAAGUGCAGCUUGCGUAGCAACUGUGCCGAGGCAGCACAGGACCCCUUGUACUGGUUGUCGUACAAGAGUGGCAAGUGCACCACAAUUACCAGCGUUCAGCCAGCUCAGAUCCAGAGGACAACUGCACGCAUUUUAACCCUGGUGAUUGGCAACCUGCCAGUUCUGGAGGGUCAGUUCUUCUGCGCUUUCACCGCCUUCAGCAAGACCCUGGAGACCAAUGCAACCCGCUCCACGAACGGCGUCAGCUGCGCGACUCCUCACACUGAUUCCCUCCCGCCCAUUCCUCCCGGAGAGCACCACUUCACCGUGAAGCUUUCCGUGAGGAUGAAGAGCAACCCUGACUUCGUGGCAACCAACUUUACGUUUUACGACUGCAGCACCUAUACCUCAUGCACCCAGUGUGUGUCUAGUCCCUUCCCUUGCGACUGGUGUGUUGGUGGUCAUCGGUGCACCCAUGACACUGGGGAAAAUUGUCGAAAUGACAUUCUCGUCACUGGAGUUUCGAGUGUUGGUCCCAGCAUUCGAUCGGGACCCGGAUUUUGCCCCCGUAUAAAUGCGACCACUGGCAUUGCAACUGAAAUAUUGGUGCCAAUGGGGAUCAACAAGAGGAUCCAAGUCAAAGUGGAAAACAUUCAGCCUUUCAUUGCAUCUACGAGAUUCGUGUGCCAGUUCAACAUCGAAGGCAGAGUGAAACAGGUGAACGCACAGCUUCUGGGUGAUACCAUCUACUGUGAAAACAUGCAGUUCAACUAUGGAGCACACACACCAAACAUCACGGCCGCCUUCGCAGUCAUUUGGGAGGGAAGUAAGCCUCUUGACAACCCGGAGAACAUUCAUGUGCUGGUGUAUCGCUGCGAGAACAUGUCCUCCAAUUGCGGACUCUGCCUGGAACUUCCCGAAAAGUAUGCCUGUGGCUGGUGCCAGGAGAGCAACUCAUGUAAGGUGCAGGAGCAGUGUGACCGGCACGCCACCAAGUGGUUGGAGCGCACCCAGACGUGUCCCGAUCCGCAAGUCAUUCGGAUCCACCCCACAUCUGGACCCUGGGAAGGUGGUACCAACAUCACGAUUGAGGGCUACAACCUCGGACGAGUGUUCCACGACAUUGAGAAGGGCAUCCACGUCUCCCAGGAGAUGCACGGAGUGUCCCUGGCCCAGAUACCCUGCAUUCCCCACAAGGACUUGUAUGUCAAGACUACUAGAAUUGUGUGCCAGGUAGAGAGCCCCCGCAACCUAACCACAAGCCCCCCGAGUGCAACCAUCUCGGGCCCUGUCGUGGUCAAGGUUCUCAAUGACUUCACGGCCAAGUCCAGGCAAAACUACUCGUUCGUGAACCCGCGAAUCACCUCGAUUAAUCCGAGCAAGGGGCCGAAGUCUGGCGGAACGAGGCUACUCAUCUGGGGCCUGUUCAUGGAUGCUGGCAGUCAUGCUGAAGCGUUUGUUGGUGGAAUGCCAUGUCAAAUCAUAACGCGGGAGCCUAAUGUGGUGGAGUGCAACACGAGCGAGUCCUCCACGAACAACAAGGGUGAAGUGCGCGUCGAGUUUGACAGGGGACUGCGGCAGUUCGAGGACUACAUCUACCUCUACGUUGACGACCCCGAAAUAGAGAAGGUCGAGUCUGGCUCUGCCAGGCACUCCAGCGUUCCACGGGGAAUUCCCAGCGGUGGCAUCACAGUCACUGUCAAGGGACGUAACCUGAAUGCAGUCCAAGAGCCCAUGAUGUACAUUACUCUCGAUGGCGAAGAACACUACAGUAGAUGCAUCCCGGACUCGGCCAACCAGAUGAAGUGCAAGAGCCCCGCAGUGCCCAAGGACAAGUUGUCGUUUGCCGGCAACGCCGACACUCCGAUCGAGUUGGAGUACGGCUUCCGCAUGGACGCAGUGGAGCAGGUGCGGAACCUGUGGGCCAACAAGGACUUCCCGCCCUUCCAGAUGUUCCCAGACCCAGAGUACUUCCCUUUUACUGAGAGGGACCAGGUCAAGUACUACAAGAGCGACUACCUCACCAUCAACGGGAACAACUUGGACCGAGCGUGCCAGGAGUCAGAUGUGAUUGUGCGCAUUGGGACCAGCUUCUGUAAUGUGACUUCGCUGUCUCGGGUGCAACUGACCUGUCGUCCACCAACGGACCAGCCUCCCGCGCAGGAUAAGAACGGGAACCCCGACAGAGGACAGAUCCCGCAAGUUGUGGUGGAGGUUGGAGACAAGCUCAAGUUCAUGAUUGGUCGCCUGAGCUACGACGUCCCCGCAGGGCCUGAGAGCGCCCUGCCCAAGUCUGUUAUCAUCGGGGUGAUUGUGGGGGCCGGCGUGCUCAUUGUCAUUGUCAUUGUGAUCCUGAUCGCUUACCGGCGCAAGUCCACCGAAAGCAGCCGCGUGCUCAAGACCAUGCAGGAGCAGAUGGACGUCCUCGAACUGAGGGUGGCCAGCGAGUGCAAGGAAGCGUUUGCGGAGCUCCAGACAGAGAUGACAGACCUGACAAGCGACCUGACAGCAGGAGGCAUUCCUUUCUUAGACUACAGAGCAUACACCAUGAAGGUGCUGUUCCCCAAUGUGGAGGAUCAUCCUGUACUCCGUGACAUGCAGAUGGAUCCAGUGAAAAAGCAGUACAUGGAGAAAGGGCUGUGGCACUUUGGCCAACUGGUCAUGAACAAGACGUUCCUGCUGUUGUUUAUCAGGACUCUGGAGUCAAAUCGGUACUUCUCAAUGAGAGACAGGGUGAGCGUGGCGUCGCUGAUCAUGGUCACACUGCAGGGCAAGAUGGAAUACUGCACAGACAUCCUGAAGACAUUAUUAGCUGAACUGAUCGAGAAAUGCAUCGAGGGCAAGAGCCACCCAAAACUUCUACUACGAAGGACCGAGUCUGUAGCAGAGAAAAUGCUGUCUGCCUGGUUCACAUUCCUGCUGUACAAGUUCCUACGGGAAUGUGCCGGAGAGCCCCUGUUUGUGCUCUACCGAGCCAUCAAGCAGCAAGUGGACAAAGGUCCAGUGGACGCCAUCACCAGCGAAGCACGGUACUCCCUUUCCGAGGAGAAGCUCAUUCGGCAGUCCAUCGAGUACAAGAGCAUGACUGCUUACAUCUCGAUAGCGCAGCAGAGCUGCUACAUGCCCGGCAUGGAGCCGAUUGGGGAGAACAACGAGACCCCGGUCAGGAUCUUGGACUGCGACACCGUUUCUCAGGUCAAGGAGAAAGGUCUCGAUGCCGUCUACAAGAACAUGCCCUCCUCACAGCGGCCCAGCAAAGAUGAUCUGGACCUGGAAUGGAGGACCGGGAACACAGGGCGGUUGAUCCUCUCUGAUGAGGACUCCACAACAAAGGCUGACGGAGAGUGGAAAAGGAUGAACACACUUGCCCACUACAAGGUGUCGGACGGAGCGAACCUCACCCUGGUGGCCAAGCAGUCAUCUAUGUACAACCUCUCCAUCAUGUCAGAGAAAAUGGAGAAGUCGCACAAGUAUGAAACCCUCAACUUCUCAAUGAAAACAAGUCCUCCGCUAAGUCGUGCAACGUCCCCCCUAAAUCACGACCCAGAGACUGGCUACAAGUACUGGCACUUGGUCAAGCACCAUGAUGGUGAAAACAAGGAAGGAGAGCGAGGGAACAAGAUGGUCUCUGAAAUCUACCUCACGAGGCUUUUGGCCACAAAGGGCACGCUGCAGAAAUUUGUGGAUGACCUGUUUGAGACGAUCUUCAGCACGGCCCAUCGUGGCAGUGCCCUGCCCCUGGCCAUCAAGUACAUGUUCGACUUCCUCGACGAUCAAGCGCUGCAGCACGGCAUCACCGAUCCUGAGGUCGUGCACACCUGGAAGUCCAAUAGCCUGCCCCUGCGCUUCUGGGUGAACUUGAUCAAGAACCCCAACUUUGUGUUUGACAUUGUGAAGUCCAACAUUGUGGACUCGUGCCUGUCCGUGGUGGCCCAGACCUUCAUGGAUGCCUGCUCCACCUCCGACCACCGGCUGGGCAAGGACUCCCCCAGCAGCAAGCUGCUCUAUGCCAAGGACAUUCCCGUCUACAAGGACUGGGUCGAGAGGUAUUACCAAGACAUCAAGGUCAUGCCUGCCAUCAGUGAUCAAGACAUGAAUGCUAUGUUGGCAGAGGAGUCCAGGCUUCAUGCACACGAGUUCAACACCAACGUAGCUCUGCACGAACUGUACAAGUAUGCCUACAAGUACACAGAUCAACUGCUGCAAACAUUAGAAGAGGACGAGUUUUCUCAGAAGAACCGGCUGGCGUGGAAGCUGGGCCAGGUGAAUUCCAUCAUGAAUGGGGAGUCGGAAGCAUGACGGUUGCACUGGCAGUCGGUGGACGUGUGACGCUGGCAGGACCACAACUUGUGCUCUCUGUGUGCCCUCUUCUCCCCCGCCUGCUCGCUCCACGGCGUUCCGCGCUUCGGUUCCUCCCGCCGCUUCCAAUCACCGGGCGGGCCGCAUCGACCCUCCACCGAUUGCCACACGCCGCAGUCUCCGUCGUCGGCACCUACUCCAGUCCCCUACUCCAGUCCCUCUCCCCGACGGAGCGGAGGCAGCGGCUUUCUGUUUGUGCUCCGGACCUUCCUGCGAGCAACUACCACUCCUGCGUGUUCUCUCUUCCCACUUCCUCAGAAACAAAGUGCUAAAACUUCAUUGUUUUCUUUUUAUCUUGUUUUACAUUUCUUUUAAAGUGAAACUGUGUUUGUUUGUUUUUGCACAGGGUGAACACUUUUUUUGACAGUGGGUGCAAUCGUGCUCGCUCAUUUCCGUUGUGCUUUUUUUAGUACAAAACCGCGCAUGCGUGGGGUAACCAGGUAAAGCAUUGCCCAACCGGGAAAGAGCGAGCAAGACGGAUUCUUCGCGUCCCAUGCCGAAGAGAACUUAAGAAGACUUUUUUUCGUUUGAUCAUUGUGAUGGCUGCAACGCUUUGGGCUCUUGGGCUCGUGCGACAAACGGUCAUUCCGUGCAGUGGAAGAGCUCGCGGUUGGCAACUGGUCGGGCCUGGUAAGCCCCUUUGCCCCGUCCCCACUUUGCCGACACCCCGUUUGUUCCGGAGGAGAAGACAGUGGAGCUCAUCUUCUGGGAGCAGCUCUCCAAGAGGAAAGAUCUCGUUCCCUCUGCUUGUGUGCGAAAGUGUGUGUGCGUGUAUGUGUGUUGAUGUGCAUGUAUAUUUGUGCGUGCGCACUGCCAUAUUCCCUUCUCUCGACUGCAAAAGGCUCUUCUCCAUCCCACCUACUCCAAAAGCUGCGAUGGCACCGGACGGAAGUGUCGAGGAAGUCUGUUUGCUCUACAUAUCAGUGCUCCGAACGCUCAGUCACCAAUCGUUGCCGUUUUGCAAUGGGACUCGGGCAAGUGGUUGCAGCACGAAGGGUGCCGGCCACGGCCUAUUUUUUCGGCCGAGAAGAGUUCCGAACGCUGGCCAGAGAGUGCAGAGGGAUGGAUGAUAGGAACACACUUUUUCCAGAAGGGCCGCUUGUCCCGGGUUGUCACACCCCUCAACUUCCGCGUCAUCGUCCCGUCGACUAGUGGACACUCGCAUACAGUUUUGUAAGAGGAGCCGACUUUUCCCCCUUGUGUGCUGUUCACCUUGUGGUGACUGCUAGGAUGUUGCUGUUUUCAGUGCUACCAGUGUCUCUUCGCAUCGCCCCAUCAACCUUGUGGCAGGGCGGUGCAAUUGUUGGUACUGGGUCUGCUUUAGAGAAAUCCUACUUAAAGGACCUUUGAAGAAUUUUCUCAAGGUCAAAACAGGACUCGGAGAUUUACCUAGAGUCACUCAAUAAAACUCCAGAGUUGCGAAACCUGCAGCCUUUUUUUAGAUUGGAAGGGAAAAUAAAUAAACUGUUACCACAUAAGGUUCUUUUUUUUUAUAUAUAUAUUAUUGGAAAGGGGGUUUGGCUUUUUUUAGAGACUGGAGUCUGAGUGGUGAACCAGCAUAUUUAUUUAAAACGUUUAAGCCGGGUAAGCCAAAUGAUCGUUAACUUUGAAGUUUUGAACCUCAUUGACCAUUGAUACCAGUUUAUCUGUUGUGUGCAGCAAAAAUAAACAACAAACUUAGUACUCUGGUUGUUCAGUGACUCUAGGGCUCCCUUUCUGUAUUAUAACUCUGCUAGCUUCCUUGGCAAUGCAUAAUACUGUGUGUUCAUUGAAAAAAAAAAAAAGGCCAUUGUCUUGCAUAGGAUUUUGGAAUUUUCAUAAGUAUGUAUCCUGCCAUAUUUCUCUGCAUUUGUCUUUAUUUGUGAGAGAGCAUAUAGCUUGCUGCAGUGUUUGAGUACGGUAUUUUGUUAGAUGUGAGGCUGUUACUUUUUAGGUUUUUAGUAGUUUAUGUUCCUAAGUAAAACUUAGUUUUCUUCUUGUGAAUGCUUUUCAACAUUUUAGAAAUGAAUUUCAAAGAAUAUGUCUCCUUCAUCAUUUUAUGACAAUUCGAUUUUCUUGCUUUUAAACUCCGUCACUCUUGAGAAUGGAGGAUUAUCUAUACCAAGUUUUCGCACUGCAUUGAGUUUUACCGGUGAAUGGCCUAGAUUCACAUCAUUUCUGAGUCCAAAGAAACUUUGCCGGUACUUAAGAAGCUUGCCAAAGGGCUGGCUGUUUUGCAUCAUGCAAGAAGAACCUGCUUGGCACCGAUUCUGGAGAACAGACCUAAGGAGAAGCAGAUUCCUCUUCACUUGCACAAAUGUAGGCUUUCACCCCCAUCAGUGCACUGCCCGUGGCACCCAUUGUUCAAUCAAGACACACCGACCUAGCCAUGUGCCAAGCUGUAACACGUUAACAGUGGCCACCCCAAGCAGCAUAAUCACAGUCCUUAAGAAAAAAAAAAAAAAAAAAAGUUUGGUUGUCGGUUUUGCAUCAUUGUACAUGCUCUUUCCCCUUGACCCCCUGCUACAGGGUGCUUUAUUUUGACCACGUCAUCUGUGUAACAACGUCUAUACAUUUCCAACUCGAGAUUCCCCGUAACCAACUACUGCUGCACUAUCUAGAAGCAGAAAUACACAGGAGCCAACAGGGCACUAAGCGGCCAGAUUCAUAGGCCAGGCUUUUGUAAAUAGGCACCCAUUUCCAAUGUGUUGAUCUGAACUCUGUGGCUGUAUGUUUUUGUUUUCUUUCCCUUACAAGAGGACCUUUUUUUCCUGGCCCCAAAAACUUCUCAGCCGUCGAAGUGGAGAAAGCUUUUGUUUUGACUCUCCAGCAGUGUGUUUUAUGUGCGUGUGUGUGCAUGUGGUGAGAAUGUGUAACCAGUGUGACUUGCUCUAAGUAAGCAGUAUGUCGCACGUGUAAACAACAAAAAAAAAUGGACCUGUCUCUUGUGUGCUGGGGCAUGAAAAGAAAAAAGGCAACCAGACUUUUGUACAAGAAACUCACUUUGUAAAAUAUUUAUAGCAUACAUAUUUUUAUUAUGGUAUUGGUUUAGAGAAUUCACUAUCUUGCUCAAGUGAUUUCUUUCAUUAAAAGUGUAUGAGAAACACA